CGAGCUCUUCCUCCAGUAUAACGUGUGUCUUCGCGCGCACGACGUAAUUAUAGUUGCUUGCUCCAGUCAUUAUUGUACCCCCGUCACUAACAAUCUGCAGUGACGACGUUCAUCAGCGCCGCGUAGGAUGUCGUCGGAAAGAGGAAAUAUUCUCCUGCUGGCAUUCACUUUCUACUUGAUUUCUCGUCAUUGUACAUCUGCCCGCAUCUUAUCACAAUGCGACGCCACUAAAGAGUUGAUAAAAGCGGGAAUUCAGCGAACUUUCAUCAGCAACUUCGUGUGCGUAAUGAAGACCGAGAGUAAUUUCAACACUGCAAAGAAAAUUGGUCCGGGCCACAAGGCAUCCUACUCCUACGGGAUUUUUCAAAUCAGCAGCGACAAAUGGUGCAGUGCUUACCGUCCUGGUGGCAUUUGCAAUAAACACUGCAAUGAUUUUCUCGAUGACGAUAUUCAAGACGACAUCGUAUGCGCUAAAACCAUCUUCGAGAUAGAAGGAUUUAAACAUUGGACUGGAUGGGUGAAAGGUUGUAAGAAUGGGAGUUUACCUCCUGUCUCUGGAUGCAUUGUUAAGAGGUUUGUAGAAGAAUUGCUCUUUUCGGAUAAUAACGAGAUGCCGAUUUACCUCUAUCGAAGAAUGGUCUCAACAAAACUCAAGAUCAUAAUGAUGACAGUCUCGUGCUUUUUGAUUUACUACCGACCAAUUUCUGCACGAAUAUUUCACCAAUGUGAAGCGGUCAAGGAAUUACUGAGAGCUGGGAUUCCACGAAGCUUUAUCAGUAAUUUCGUGUGCGUAAUGCAAAGUAUGAGCAACUUUAAUACGAGCAAGAAGACGGGCCCUGGUCACAAGGCUUCAUUUUCGUACGGUAUCUUUCAGAUUAGCAGUGAUGAGUGGUGUAAUGCUUGGAGACCUGGUGGUUAUUGUAAUAAAACCUGCACUGAUUUUCUGGACAAUGAUAUUAAAGAUGACAUAGUUUGCGCUGAAAAAAUCUGGAAGAUGAGAGGAUUCAAGCAUUGGAAUGGUUGGGUAAAACAUUGCAAAAAUAAAAAAUUGCCAAAUGUGUCUCAGUGUAUGGAAAUGUCAAAAUUUCAGGAGCACGACGCGGUAGUUGAUUUGAUAACAGAGAUGACAGCUACCCGUGGCUUGAGGCUAAGUUACUCGCGAUACCUGACUAUAAAGAUUCUGCUCUUCAGUUGGGAAUCACAGUCACAAAUUUUGAAUACCUGCGAAGUCGCAAGAGAAUUAGUGAGAGCUGGUAUUUCACGAAGUUUCAUCAAUAAUUUUGUAUGUUUGAUUCAAAAUGAGAGCAAUUUCAACACUAGUAAAAAGACCGGUCCAGGUCACAAGGCUUCAUUUUCGUACGGUAUUUUCCAGAUUAGUAGUGAUGAAUGGUGUAACGCUUGGAGACCUGGCGGAUAUUGCAACAAAACUUGCAUCGACUUUCUCGAUAACGAUAUUAAGGACGAUAUAGUCUGUGCUGAAAAAAUUUGGAAAAUGAGAGGAUUCAAGUACUGGAAAAGUUGGGAGAAAAAGUGUAAGAAUAACAAGUUAUCUGACGUGUCUUGGUGUUUUGAAACUAAAGUGCUUAACAAUAGAAAUACACUUGAACAACGGAUGGAAGAUAAUUUGUACAUUAUAAGAAUACCUGACUGGAACGAUUACGGGAGUGACUCGCAAAUAUUCAGACUUCAUCCCUCAAAUUUCAAGGGAAUGAUGCUAUCACACAAAAAAACAAUCACACUAUUGCUGCUUACGCACUACUUUUUAUCCCAUCAAGCAGUUUUCGCGCGUAUCUUGACUAAAUGUCAAGCUGCAAAAGAGUUGGCUACAGCUGGUACUGACCGAACAUUCAUCAGCAACUUCGUGUGUAUCAUGCAAAACGACGGUCAGUUCAACACCAGUUUGAAAACAGGUCCAGGUCACAAAGCUUCCUACUCCUAUGGAAUUUUUCAAAUCAGUAGUGACGAGUGGUGUAGUGCAUUCAGACCUGGUGGUAUUUGUAAUAAAAAUUGUAAUGACUUCCUCGAUGAUAAUAUUCAGGAUGAUAUUGUUUGCGCUCAGAAGAUUUUCAAACUCAGAGGAUUUAAACACUGGAAAGGGUGGGUGAAAAAAUGUAAAACUGGUGAAUUACCCAACCUUACGACAUGUAAGUAUAGUAAGUAUAAGCCGGAUACUCCAGAUGAUGUAAACAAUGAAAAAUUUAUCAAACCGAGAAUGAUUAAGUCAAGUAGUGUAAAAGAUCUUAGCAACAUGCAAACUUGAAAAAAUUUUGUAAAUGACUAAUAAUUUUUUCAUACUUAACGUAGCAGUUUAUAUGGUCUUGAAUCGAACAAUGGUUUAUACUUCAUAUAUAUAAAAGAAAAUUUGGAAAUGUUUCUUGUUGUAAAAACCUGACUAUAUGAUACUGUAUAGUUCCGAUUUUCCAUGAAAAUAUACGAUUUAUUUAAUAAAACUGUUGCAAAUACACUUAUAUAUUUUAUUUUACAUAUAAAAUAUUUUUGUUUAUUUUGGUAUUCUUUUGUAUCCAUUAUUAUAUUCUUUAAAAAUUUUGUUUAUGUUAAAUGCGACAAUAUAAUAAAAAUAAU